AUGGACAAAUUCGGCAAACUGCAAGCUCAGCAAGAACGCGAGACUUCCAGUUUGCUGGGCGAGAACUUGCGAGAUGGCGAUGCUGCCCCAUUGCUGUGA